AUGUCUCCUUCUCAAAAGACCGUUUUGUUCAUGGCAAUCGGCUCAUUGGGCGAUGUACUGCCUUUUAUAAACCUAGGAGUUGGCUUUCACCUUCACGGCCAUAAUGUGAUAAUUGCUGCAAACUGUAGAUUCAGGAAAUUUAUUGAAAGCAAAGGACUACAAUUCAGAGAGAUGAGCUGGGACAUGCAAGAUGAAUGGGAAAAUACCGAUGCAGGGAGAAGGAUGGUAAAAUAUUCGGGAUACACAAUAUUGGGAUCGCCAUUUAUGUUCAAAUUCUUGAAGCAAGGCUUCGAAAAAUGUUACCGUGAUGCCGAAGAAGUUUUGUCAGGCGUCGAUUUCGUCAUAUUAGGAACAGGAUCACAUUAUAUGUACCCAGAAUGCAUGUACCGAAACAUUCCCGUUGCUUAUGUAUGUUUCUAUCCGUACGCCAGUUCUAGUAACUACAUUGGGGCUGUUUAUGGAAGACCGUUUGAUUCAUUGCAAUGGCUUCCAUUCGAUCUAGGCGAAAAAAUAUGGAAAACGGUGGAUAACAUUGCUGCAUUUUGGUCAUCCAUAGGACUGUUGCCUAUUUAUAAUCAUAGAUUGAAAGAACUCGGUUUACAACCGGUUUCGAGAUUACCAUUUCUACCAGGUGGUGCUAUAGAAUAUAACCAUAUUCCUGUGUUGCACGUCUCCAAUAAAAAUCUCAUUCGGAUCCCUCAAAAUCCGAGGAAUCCAUUAGAAGUUCAGUUAGAUUACCCUUAUAUGACUAUUCAAGAAGAAACAGCUGGGUUUGUUCCUCCGACAGACCUUAUGGAUUGGUUAAGUGAUGGAAACAAACCAAUUUAUUUUGGUUAUGGGUCGAUGCACAGUUUUAGCGACUCCACAAGCCGUGUAAAAUUAUGGUUGGAAGUGUUGAGUAGACUUCCGGAAUUACAUCGAGCUAUAUUUUCUGGUGUUAGCGACGUCAAACUACCAGAACUGCAAGCAGCCGUUCGCACAGGUCGAGUCUUCCUGGUUGGACAUGUUCCUCAUGUUUGGCUAUUUCCACGAGUCGUUUGUGUAGUACAUCAUGGAGGCGCAGGGACAUCACACGCCGUUGCCAGGGCGGGGGUUCCUUCAGUAAUAGUUCCUCACUUUGCCGAUCAACCAUGGUGGGCAUCAAUUCUACAUCGUCACGGUGUUUCACCGAAUGGUGGCAUAAAUGCUCGUACAGUUAACGCCGAACGGCUAUAUGAAGCCAUUUCCGCCGUACUGGUUGAUGAAAAAAUGCAAGAAAGGGCCGAAGAAUUGGGCAGGAAAAUCCGAAGUGAGCACACGUGUUCGCCGAUAGAAAAGAUCGUGUCAUUCAUUGAGCAGUAUUGGGAUCGUGAGAAAUGGGACGUGAUGUCAUUAUAUGACAGUGAAUCCGUGAGGGAACCGUUUAUGCAAGAUGAGGAAUAUGAUGAAUCAGACACUAUGAUUAAAGAGGAAAAUGCAUCAGAUGUCACAUGCGAAAAGGCGAGUGAUUCAGAUGACACGUGUGUUAAUCAACCUUUGAUAGUACCCACCAAGGCGGCAGCCUUUGAGUUAAAUGGAAAAAGAGCGGAAGAGAAUAUAAAGGUACAAACCAAGAUUGAGGUCGAAAGUAUUAUUACGUCACCAGCAAAUAAUAUUAUUGUACCGACUGUAAUUGGAGUUGAAGGCUAG